UUUAUUAACGUUUUGUCUUCAAUACGCGACGGUUGUGUUUUUGUUUUGUUUGCUUAAUUAUUGUAGUUAUAACUAAUAGACAUUAUUUUCUCCUGUUAACUGUUAAGCACUGUAUUUACUUAUUGUUUUCAGAGUGCUUAGAGAACUGCUAACAUGUCGCUACUAACGGGCAGCGCAAAUGCUGUGAAGUACACGCUAUUUGGAUUUAAUCUGAUCUUUUUGAUCACUGGCAUUAUAUUAAUUGCAGUUGGUGCUGGCGUUGGCGCCGUUUACAACGGCUAUGAGAUAUUUUUGGUCAGCAAAUUCUUUUCGAUACCAACAUUUUUGAUUGUGAUCGGAUCGUUUAUCAUUGUGAUCACGUUCUUCGGCUGCUGGGGUGCUUUGAAGGAGAACUAUUGCCUGAUUCUCAGUUUCUCGGUAAUGCUGUUCAUCAUCUUCAUUUUGGAACUGGCAGCUGGCAUCAGCGGCUAUGUAUUGCGCAACGAUGCAUAUGAUUUGAUCAGGAACUCGCUAAACAAUUCAAUGAAGAGCUACUCAAAUGAGACACAAAAUCCAACCACGAUUCUGUGGGACGAUGUACAGCGCAACUUCGAUUGCUGUGGCGUUGGUAAUAGCACCGACUGGUCCUUACAUCUAAAAGACAACGAAUUGCCAUUGUCGUGCUGCAGAAUACCACCUGGUACCGUGGGCACCUUUAGCUGCAUAUCGGAUAUCAACAAUAUUAAUCUGAACAAGAAUCAGGGCUGCUUAACCGGCUUUUCCAAUUAUAUAGCAGAUCAUGCAGUUAGUUUGGGUGCUGCUGGCGUUGUCAUUGCCGUUAUACAGUUCUUUGGCGUCAUCUUUGCCUGCUAUAUAGCACGAGAGAUUAAAAUACGCAAUGGCAUCACAGGCUUCAUGUAGAGCAAUGGGUUAAUAGAUGAACUCUAUUAUUUUAAUGAAAUUUCGUCAAAUCUAAGCUUACGCUUAAGUUCAAGUUAAUUCACCAUUUGUUCUAGCUUUGCCGUGCCUUAAUACAAAAUAUAUUUGUAAACUUA